UAUGUUGAAGACAGAUAGUUCGUAAUAUCCACAGGCUGUAGUAGCGGAUAACAACAGUGACGUCUCAAUCAGUGUUACGGAAAGAAGUAUUUUGCAUAGCUAAAUUUUGUACUUCAAAGACGUUUCAUACAGUAUAUAAUACGUAAUAUGGAGUUGAAUUAUAUGGAUAUGGAAGAGUUUAUGGAUACUUAUGAAUAUAAUCAAUCGAAGGAGUCGCUAAGUAGUCUUUCUUUUUUGCAAUCCGUUGGCAGUCUUGGUGAAAUGAUUAGCCAAACUGACCCUGAUGCAAACGGCACAAACAAAUCCACCCCGCAAGAUUUGACUGCAGAUUUAUUUUGCAAUAUGUCAGAUAGUGAGAUAAUGAGUCAUUUUAUCCCUGUUCGUGGAAUAGACUAUGGUCUAAAUUUCGAAGGUGUUGACUUAUUGAAAAAAGACAAAAAAGUUGAGCAGAUAGAGGAAAGCUAUGACGAGUUGUUGCCACAUCUAAUGAUACAACAGUCAAAUCCUAUUUAUAAGAUUGGUGGUGAUUUUAAUUCUGUUUUCCCAACAAAUAAAGAAUCAUUACUGAAUACGGAUAGUCCGCCAGAAAGGACAGCAAAUGUAGAUGCCACAAAGAAGGUAACAGUUUCAAACAAUUACAUGGGAUCACAAAAAGAUGGAAAAUCAAAUACCGGAUACCAGGAUAAAGUUGUACCACGGCCUGUUAAGAAGCGAAAACCAAGAACAUACAAAUAUAAUCCAAAACCAUUACAACACAAGGAAUCAAGAGCAUUUGUACCUGAGGAUUUAAAGGAUAUUGAUUAUUGGGAAAGAAGAAAAAGAAACAAUGAGGCUGCUAAAAAAUCAAGAGAGGAAAGGCGAAAAAAAGAGCUGGAAAUUUUAAACAAUUAUGAUGCGAUGAAAGAAGAGUACUCCCAAAUUAAAAUUGAAAAUGUACGUUUAAGGGCCAGAAAUGCUGUGCUGGAACAACAAAUAGAUGAAUUAAAGUCAAAAAACUGAAGGAAGUAUUCAGCAUUGUUGGAACGUAUAAAUAAUUUCUUUUAAAGUUGAUAUAUAUAGUCAAGUUACGAUAAGAGGGUGCCGACUUGCCAAAAGCGCCGUAUAUAUAUGUGAGAGCGGCCAUUUUUUGGGUCAUUUUUAAGGUUUUUUUAUCUGUAACCGAUGGAAAAGCCUGGGCUAGUCCAAAACUGCCUGAUUUGCGCCCGAAAUUCAACGCACGCAAGCUCAAUGUUCUCAUUUAAAUUUUUUUGAGAAAAGGAAGGUGCUAUUUUGUUGUUGUAUGCUCAGUUUCCGGCGAAUCGGCAUCCUCUACAAAAAUGGUGAAGAGGUAAGAAGUGUAAUUAGCCAAAAAGGUCCUCUCUCUAUAUAUAUAUGUUUAUAUUUGUGUGUGAUUUUCUUUCAGUUUUGGACAUUAUAUAUUGUGUCAAACAUUUUAGUUACUUUAUUUGUAAUCAAUUUAUUGUUUUCGGUAUAUUGUUUGAUAGAUCAGUACUGUACUGUAUAUAAAAAUUGUGUUAAAAAAUAUUUUCACAAGCCAGAGUAUAUAUAAGGAAGGGGUUGUCAUGUUUGAGGCUUGCUAAAAUUAUUAAACUUAGAAUAAUAACAGAACACUAAAAACAAAUUAUUUGGCAUUGUAUAAGAAGCCAAGGUAAGGCAGCUCGUUUUCUCAACACAAUAUUGAUUGGUUGUACUAACCUUUCUGGUUUCUAUGAUAUAACCUUUAGAUUUUUUUCCUACUUUACAUGUCUAAAAGUCCUCAAAUCCAUAAUGUUCCAUCAAUAUUUUUCAAAAAAAUUACAAAAUUUUGCAAUGUUAAAUUGAAAUGUUCAAGAAAAUGCAUCAGAAUGCUUUUUUUAGAAUUUUAUAGGCUUAUUAACCCAAAAAUCAAUUUUUGAUUAGGUCCAUGCCUACUUUUUCUUUCAAACGAUAUUUUCUUAUCAUUUAAUUAAAAUGCAAGUGUUUAUUUUUAUGUGGUUUCACAAUAUGGCCUCACAAAGUACAUACCAUGUAAAUAAUUUUCUCUUCUUUCUAUGGUUUGACACGUAAUGACCCUUCUCACGAUUCUCAAGGUUGAUCAUCUGUAAAAAUAUCACAUUUAAAAACAUUAGCAAAUAAUCAAAUUACCAAUACUUUCUUAACACUUUGUUAUUCAAAGCAACGACACUCCAUGUAAAUCUUAUGAUUUUGCUACUAAAAUUGUCAUGGUGUGAUUUCUUCAGACUCAGGUGUAAUUUAUCAGAUUAAAUAUUUUUGACAGUAUCUAUAUAUUGUUAAAAUAUUUGAGUGCAUUUUCUUUUUAAAUGACAAAGUAAAAUUUCUUUAAAAGCACACAGGAAAAAUAAAGUAUUUUUUUGGGUGAAGCAAGCAGCCCUUACUUUGUGAAAAUUUUUAGAGUUCUUAGUAUGUGGUUUCUUAUAAAAACUUUUGUAUAUAAAUUCUCUGUGUAUAAAUAUUUGUUGGAAAGGUGUGGUUUGUAAAUCUUUAAAAAUAAUGUGAUAUUCAAAACAGGUGCGUAAAUGCAGUCCUCGAAAUAGUGCUUGGCUAUAAUAUUAAACCACAGGAGGCAUAUAUCAAGAAUAAGAAUAAUUAAAAUUGAGCUUCUAUGCAGUUUCAUGUAUUCAUAACAAUCUUCAGCUUGUUUAAAACUUCGUGUUUGUUUUCUUAACAAAGGACUUCUAACUCUCCUUGUAAGCAAAUUGCACAGGAUUUACAUUUGUUUGAGUAACUCUUUCACGAUCGACCAAUUUAACUUCGACGUAAUAUUUCGUUAAUGUAUAUAUAUGUGUGAUAUCUUCGUUUUUUCAUUAUAAAAUUUUGUAUGUCUUGAAUGUUGUCCUAAAAUGUCAAAUAAAAAGCAUUUCAGCGUUGUAAAUAUUUAAAGGUCUUAAACAAUGAAAUAUUUUGUAUAAAUUUAAAA